AUGAAAGGGUUGCCCUGCCCGGGCCUGUGCCCAGCCCACUUCUGGCUGCUGGGGUCCUGCUUCAUGGCCGAGGGCGCAGGGGCGCGGGCCCUGGGGCAGGGCCCCCCACUCAGCGUCCAGCUCCUGCGGGCCCGGUACCAGGACCUGAGGCAGCAGCAGAGGAACCAGGCAUACUGCGUGGUGCUCCCCAGAGGAGGGAACACACCUGCUGCUGCCGAGUCCAUGGUCAGUGCCGUGUGGAUUAACAAGGAGCGGAGGCACUCGCUGUCCCCGGACCAGGCGGACCCCGCGGCCGCGGCGCUGCUGGAGGAGGCGGACGCCGGCUGGCUGCAGGUGCCCCGGUCUCCGUGGCACACACACCUGCAGAUGCACUGCUCCGUCCAGAGCCCCCACCGGGACGCCAGCCAAGGCCCAUUCCCGGGGACUGAGCUACGGCUUCCUCAGGACAGAGGCCCGGGCUUGUUGGAAAACAGGCAGGGGACUCCGCAAGAGGCCACGACCCCAGGGGCCGCCCAGCAGGAACAUCGAGUGGACAAUCCCCAGACCCAGACCCUGGGCUCCGGCCUACACAAUGGCCUUCCGGGCCCUUCUCCCAUAAGGAACCCACAACGGCCUGGGAAAGUAGCGCACUACCCCUUCCCCCAGAGGAAGGCUCCCAGGAUCUCCCAGGCUGCCCGGAACCUGGGCUUGUACGGCCCACCCUGA